CGAUGCUUAUAAAAGUCACAGGCUCACAGCUAAACUGCAUGGUAUUAUCUACUUUCUGUUUACUAAUCAUACCAGGUACCACAUUUGUAGAGUAAAAAAAUUGCAGUUUCUGGAAGAGCUAACACAACUAGCUUUGUGUUAACUCCAUUUAUAAGCUCUCAUUUCCUCUGAAAUAAACUAUAUCAUAAAGCAUCUACCUUUCAUAAAGAAUGAAGAAAAGGUGAAGCUUAGAUAAGGAGAGAGAAGGGGAGGGAGAGAAAGAGAGAGAGAGAGAGAGAGAGAGAGAGAGAGAGAGAGAGAGAAUAUUAAGAUUAUAUUCUUGUUUGGCUUGGAGAUUGAAGAAUCAUGAAAUUUUUUCACAAGCUAGCACCUUUGGCCAUCCCUGCAUACUAUGUUGUUCUGCUACCAUUAGUCGGCUGUUCAUUCCAUGAAGAAUCCAAUCAAUCCAGCAUUAGACACCACAGCUUUCAGAAGUCACCUUCUGCAGCUUAGUCCUCAGAUGAUAUCUGAUGUUACAGUUCAUGGGGUUCUGCUAUGGGCUUCACUGGGGUUCUUAAUGCCUAUUGGGAUACUUAUUAUCAGAAUGUCUAGCAGAGAAGAAGCUGGAUCCAUGCGGGUCAAAGUCUUUUUCUAUCUCCAUGCUAUUUUGCAGAUGUUUUCAGUGCUUCUUGUCACAGCUGGAGCUAUCAUGUCGAUCAAAAAAUUUGAUAAUGCAUUCAAUAACAGCCACCAAAGACUAGGUCUAGCACUUUAUGGUGCCAUAUGGGUGCAAGCCUUGGUCGGAUUUUUCAGGCCUAAAAGGGAAAGGAAAGAAAGGAGCUUGUGGUACUUUGUGCAUUGGAUGCUUGGGACAGUGAUUUCCCUUGGUGGGAUCAUAAACAUCUACACAGGCUUAAAUGCCUACAUCAAGAAAACAUCAAGAAGUGCAACCCUUUGGACUAUACUUUUCACAGCUGAGGUCUCUUUCAUUGCUUUCUUAUACCUCUUGCAAGACAAAUGGGAGUAUAUGCAAAAGCAAGGUGUGACUUUAGGCAAUUUACCUAUCACAGUACUUUCUAAUCAAGAGAUUCCUGAAAGGCCCAUCCAAAAGGUGUUGUUCCCUCAGCCAUGUGGGAAGCUCAAUGCACUUGGGAAUUUGUUUGACUGAUAUGGGAUUCUUUAUUACCUUUUUUCUCCA